UCCAAGACUUUGACCCCUCUCGAGAAGCAAAUUCGUGAAUUGCGCGAAAGUCACAAAGACAAAGUGCUAGUAAUACAAAUAGGGUACAAGUACAAGAUGUUUGGUGAUGAUGCCAAACUUGGAUCUAAAAUAUUGGACAUUAUGUAUAUCAGAGGUGGAGAUGAUGGAACCAGAGAUGAAUUUUCGUAUUGUUCUUUUCCUGACUUCAAAUUGCAUAUCAAUCUCAAGCGGCUUCUUACCCAUGGGCUCAAGAUAGGCGUAGUCAAACAAUUGGAGUCCGCCAUUGUAAAGACUGUAGAAAAGUCGUCAAAGUCUUCUGAUUUGAUGAAAAGAGAAAUUACAGGAGUUUACACGAGAGGAACGUAUAUGGGAGACGAAUAUGUUCAAUCUUCUGGUAAUUCAGCAGAUACAGAGUCUCCGUAUUACAUCAUUUGCAUAAAUGAGAUUAAUCAGAAAGAACUAUCUAUGGUAGCAGUUCAACCAAAGACAGGAGAUAUCGUACAAGACACUUUUAAAGACGGUCUCAAUAGAGACGAAUUGGAAACACGGCUCAUGUAUCUCAAUCCUAGUGAGGUUAUUGUACUUAGUAGCGAACAGCCGAGUGUAGAGACCUUGAAAACAAUAAGGCUUGUAGCCAGUGACGUCCAAUUACUUCCCAGAAAGAGAAAGGGAGAAGAUGAAGUAUUCAAUGGACUCAUUGAGUUCUUUGACUCAAUAGAUAACGGCAAGUACAAACAUUUGGGAGACUACUUUUCGGUUAAUUUCUCCAAACACAUUCAAUCGUGCUUUUAUGAACUUAUUAAUUACCUUCUGGAAUUCAAGUUGAGUAAUGUUUUCACCAUUCCUGACAAUAUUAGCAACUUUACAAACUCAAGAAAAUACAUGGUUUUGCCAAAUAAUACCCUCUAUGCCUUGGAAAUCUUCCAAAACUAUACUAAUCCCGCAAGCCAAAAGGGAACAUUGAUAUGGUUGCUUAAUCAUACGAGAACGAGGUUUGGCAAUAGAUUGCUCAACAAAUGGGUAUCAAAACCUUUAAUUGAAAAAGAGAAAAUAGAAGAAAGAUUGCUUGCAAUUGAAGAUUUGACAGGAGAUUUUAACAACGUUGUAGAUGCCCUCAAGAUUCAAUUGGAUAAAAUGGGCAAAUCGCUUGAUUUAGAGGAGUUGCUCAUGAAGACUCACUAUGCAGCAACAUAUAAUUUAGACAAGAUCAACAGAAGAGAUAUCUACAAUAUGUUAGAUUGUUUCCAGAGCGUACUCGAAUCAAUGAAUAGAUUUGAAAAAGGGAUUACCGAAUUUUCCAAAACCAAAAAGUCACCGUUAUUGACGAAUAUACUUCUAGAGCUUCUGGAAAUGUCCAAAACUACAGUCGUUUCCAAUUUGUUGAACAAAAUAAACCGUUCCUAUGUAAUGAACGAGUCAAAAGAUCCCGAGGAACAAGUGACACAGUUUUUCAACCUUGACAAUCAUAACUGGGAGGAUAUAAGAUCUGAGUUCUCCGAACUAGAUAAGAUUGAAAAAUUAUUUGAAGAAGAAUUAUUAAAUAUUAGACGGGUGCUAAAACGACCACAAUUACAAUACAUUACAAACAACAAGGAGCCUUACUUGAUUGAGGUAAGAAACGGAAAGCAGGUAGAUGAGCUACCAACAGAUUUUCAUCGUAUCAAUGGAACAACCACUGUUUCUAGAUUCAGAUCAGAGAGGACUGCGCAAUUGUAUAUCAAGAAGCAAUAUCACAAGGAAAAACUUCUUGUCAAUUGUAACGUAGCAUUCAAUGAUUUCUUGAAGGAAAUAGAUGAACAAUAUGAGUUCUUCAGUAAGAUCGUCAAAAACUUGUCUGUCUUCGACUGUUUAUUAUCUCUCACAGCAGCAAGUUUAGCAUCCAAGAAUACUCGUCCAAUUUUGGUGGAUCAGCAGUUAAUUGAAGUUCAGAAAGGUCGUAAUCCGAUUAUUGAAUCAUUGCACAACAGGAACGACUAUGUACCUAAUGAUAUCGACAUAUGUUAUGACAAUAAGGUCUUGAUCAUCACCGGACCAAAUAUGGGAGGUAAGUCUUCGUAUGUCAAACAAGUUGCCCUACUUGUUAUUAUGCUGCAGAUUGGCUGUUAUAUUCCUUGUGACAGGGCCACUUUAGGAGUAUUUGACUCUAUUUUUAUUCGUAUGGGAGCUAGCGACAACAUCUUGAAGGGUAAUUCUACAUUCAUGAAUGAGAUGUUAGAGUGUAGUAAUAUCAUUCAUGGAAUAUCCAAUAAGUCGUUGGUAAUUCUUGACGAAAUCGGAAGAGGUACUGGAACAAGUGACGGGAUUGCUUUAGCGUAUUCAAUUCUUCGUUACUUAAUAGAAUCUCCACUACGGCCAUUGGUAUUGUUCAUUACACAUUAUCCUUCCCUUCAUGUGCUUGAAGAUUCCUUCCCUACCGUCGUGACUAACUACCAUAUGGGCUUUCAACAAAUCCAUAAAGACGAUAACGAUUUUCCUGAAAUCAUAUUCUUGUACAACUUGGUCAAAGGAGUUAUCAAUAAUCUGUAUGGGUUGAAUGUAGCGAAAUUGGCAGGUUUACCAGUAUCGGUAAUUUCUGGUGCUCAUAGAGUCAGCGAGCUGCUCAAGUAUAAAGUAGAGAUUCAGCAGAAGGAACAAUUUACUAUGAAGUUCGGCUCUAUAUUACAGAUGUUGAAGAAGGACGAGAUAAACUCCAACAAUAUUCUCGAGCUUGAAAAUCUAUUUCUGUACAUCUGA